AUGGAAAAUUCACCAGACUUAGAACCUUCAGAAGUCAGCACACCCUCUUCUAACCUAUCAGAAAAUGCCCGAAUUCGCAAAGAGCGACGCGAAGCUAAGAUUCGCGCCAGCGGCUCUGCACGUCUCAGUAAAAUUACUGGUCUAGGUGGCUCGAACAAAGAAUCAGAAUCACAUAUUACUCAAGGUCCUUGUGUAUUUCCUAAAAGUGUAGAAAGAAGCUAUGAUGAGAGUAGAACUUCUCCAGUACCCGGUGAUCCAGCCACGAUUGAUCAGAUCGGGCUUAAACAGGAAGAAUGGCCUAAUUCUCGCGCAAGUACCGUCCAGAUCAAUGAACUACUUGGCAUGAAAAACGCUGCAACAUCCGAAGAUCCUAUGAUGAAAAUCUUGCAACAGAUGAUGGGCGGGAUUCCUGGUGAAGGAUCUGGCGGCAUGCCUUCCUUUCAGAAUACUCCUAGUAAUACUCAAGCUGCAUCAACAACUUCACAUUCCCUAUUCUGGCGAAUAAUUCAUGCCCUGUGUGCAUUAUCCUUGGGAUUAUACGUUGCUAUAACUACACAGUUUACGGGCUCGAAGAUUAUGCGUGAGCACUCCCUCUUAGGAUAUAAUAUUGCUGAUGGCGAACUACUUUUUCCUGAUACCAUCAACGUUUUCUAUAUUUUUGUUACCCUAGAAACUAUAUUAUUUACGACCCAGUAUCUACUUGAAAAGGAACGUGUUCAGCUGGGUGGAAUCACAGGAAUGGCAAUGGAGCUCGUGCCGGAACCAAUAAAAAGAUAUCUUCAAUGGGGUUUGAGAUACUUUGACAUUUGGAUGGCAAUCAGUCGUGAUGCUAUGAUAUUUAUUUUCGUUUUAGGAGCGUAUGCAUGGUUCAAAGGUGAACAGAGUGCUUAA